GGCGGUGGCGGCGGCGGCGGCGGCGGCGGCGGCAGCGGCGGUGGCGAGAGGCCGGAGCGGGCCCAUCGCAGCAGCGCGGAGCCGGAGCGAGACCCCGGGGGCCGGGCCGAGGCGGGCCGGGCCGAGAUGCCCUAUAAACUGAAGAAGGAGAAGGAGCCUCCUAAAUCAGCUAAAGGGACUACCAAGCCUAACAGCGGAGGGAAAGAUGGUGGCGGGGAAGGUACCGACGAGGUCCAGCCUCAGCCACCUCAGCCACAGCCACAGCCUCAGCCACAGUCUCAGGCACCGUCAUCCAACAAGCGGCCAAGCAACAGCACGCCUCCCCCUACACAACUCAGCAAGAUCAAGUAUUCAGGGGGGCCCCAGAUUGUCAAGAAGGAGCGAAGGCAAAGCUCUUCUCGACUAAACCUCAGCAAGAACCGUGAGCUACAGAAGCUCCCUGCCUUGAAAGACUCUCCAUCUCCGGAGCGAGAGGAGCUCUUCAUCCAGAAACUACGUCAGUGCUGUGUUCUCUUUGAUUUUGUGGCUGACCCCCUGAGUGAUCUCAAGUUUAAGGAAGUGAAGAGGGCAGGACUCAAUGAAAUGGUAGAAUACAUCACACACAGCAGAGAUGUAGUCACGGAGGCUAUUUACCCGGAGGCUGUUAUCAUGUUUUCAGUGAACUUGUUCCGGACGCUACCACCAUCAUCCAACCCCACGGGGGCUGAGUUUGAUCCUGAAGAGGAUGAGCCCACCCUGGAAGCUGCCUGGCCCCAUCUGCAGCUAGUCUAUGAGUUUUUCUUACGUUUCCUGGAGUCUCCCGAUUUUCAGCCAAAUGUGGCCAAGAAGUACAUCGACCAGAAGUUUGUCCUUGCUCUCCUUGACCUGUUUGACAGUGAGGACCCCCGGGAGAGGGACUUUCUCAAGACCAUUCUUCAUCGCAUCUAUGGCAAGUUCCUGGGGCUUCGAGCUUAUAUCCGUAGGCAGAUCAACCAUAUUUUCUACAGGUUUAUUUACGAGACAGAGCAUCACAAUGGAAUUGCUGAACUACUUGAAAUUCUGGGAAGCAUUAUUAAUGGCUUUGCCCUGCCCCUCAAAGAGGAGCAUAAGAUGUUCCUUAUCCGAGUCCUGCUUCCCCUACACAAGGUCAAGUCUCUGAGUGUCUACCACCCUCAGUUGGCGUACUGUGUGGUGCAGUUCUUGGAGAAGGAGAGCAGUUUGACUGAACCGGUAAUUGUGGGCCUCCUAAAGUUCUGGCCUAAAACUCACAGCCCCAAGGAAGUAAUGUUUCUCAAUGAACUGGAGGAGAUCCUGGAUGUCAUUGAGCCCUCUGAGUUCAGCAAAGUGAUGGAACCGCUCUUUCGCCAGCUUGCCAAAUGUGUUUCCAGCCCUCAUUUCCAGGUUGCAGAACGUGCCCUCUAUUACUGGAACAAUGAGUACAUCAUGAGCCUGAUUAGUGACAAUGCUGCACGCCUCCUGCCUAUCAUGUUCCCUGCGCUCUACAGGAACUCUAAGAGCCACUGGAACAAGACUAUCCAUGGGUUGAUCUACAAUGCCUUGAAGCUGUUCAUGGAAAUGAAUCAGAAGCUGUUUGAUGACUGUACGCAGCAGUACAAGGCUGAGAAACAAAAAGGCAGAUUCCGACUCAAGGAACGAGAAGAGAUGUGGCACAAGAUUGAGGAGCUUGCCCGGCUCAACCCCCAGUACCCCAUGUUCCGAGCACCACCCCCACUUCCCCCUGUAUAUUCAAUGGAGACAGAGACCCCCACAACCGAGGACAUCCAGCUCCUGAAGAGGACGGUGGAGACAGAGGCGGUGCAGAUGCUGAAGGAUAUCAAAAAAGAAAAGGUGCUGCUUCGGAGGAAGUCAGAAUUGCCUCAGGAUGUGUAUACCAUCAAAGCGCUGGAGGCUCACAAGCGGGCUGAGGAAUUCUUGACAGCCAGCCAGGAGGCACUCUGACUUACCUCCUCUUUCUCACCCAGGGCCACUGCCCAAUCACCCCUGGGACACUGCUCUGGCCCUUCAGCCCUGCCCCCCCCCAGCUGACCUGGGGGUAGGAUGGGGGUGGGGGCACCAGCUCCCUAAAAACAGGAUACUUGGGUCAAAGACUCUCACUGUGGCCUGGCCUCCCCGUGACUAGUGUAGACAUGCCCUGGAGAUGCUCAUUGUUCAUAGCUGGGAUGCCCCCUGUGCUGACUCCCAUUCUCCAACCUCCCAGGUGUUUGGGGCCAACUCUGAAAAUCUCUUUAAACACUCCUCCCUCCCUCCCACCCUUUCCCAUCUUCACUUGAGUUGAAGAUCUCUACUGUAUCUCCCUUUCUCAAAGGGAUCUGUAAAGAUCAGCAAAGAGCUACAGACUCAAAAUUGCUUUUUACCCUCCCCGCCCCUGCCAUUGAGGGCCAGGACAGAUGGUCUAGUUGUGAGGGCUGGAGGCUGAGGCAGAGUAGGUGAAGAAAGGCUGGUUCCUAACCACCAGACUCACAGGCGACCCUGCACAUCUCCUAAAGGGGGUUGGGGGUAGAAUCACUGAGGCUCUGUAAUGUAUAUGCCCUGUGACCUUGCCUGACCCAGAUCAGACUGGGGGUGGGAAGAGAACCCACAGAGAGUUGUACGUCUGAAGCCUCACAGGGACCAAAGGGUGGGAGGGGAAGAAUGUAUAAAGAGACACUACCACCUUUUAGUCCUCCUUUCUCUAAGCAGCAGUCCAGGGAUCACAAACAUUGAAGGGACCACCCUAGGCCUGCUUGAAUCCCUGACCUGCAAAGCCCCAGAAAUGGGGUGAGAGAAAAGGGUAGCACCUUAAGGUUCUUCCCCAGCUUCAGUUGUCCCAACAUCUAUUUAUUUCUUUGUACCCAAGGCCAGACCCUUACCUGCCUCACAUUGGCACCACUGGGGGAUUGGGGUGCUGGGGCACAGAUGGCGCCACUGUUGGCUGUGUACAUAGGGUGCUUUAUUCUCUGCAAAGUGUUACAUGCUAAGGUGGGUUGGGCUUGGGCAGAUGUCCCCAUAUGUACAGAAUUGAAUAAAGUGGAUCUCUGGAGAGAA